AUGUUAUAUUUUGGUGCCUGGACUCUUCUGUAUGCCAUCCUCAUUGUCGUACAAAGCGGAACCCCCCUGGGAAACGAGCACAGUUUACCCACCAAGGACAAUUCUUACAAAUCUCCGGGUGAACUUGGAAAUAGGGAGGGAGAGGCCUAUUUCAACUUUAAGGCUUUUCUGGAGAACCUGAAAGUGGAUUUUUUAAGGAACUUGAACUUAUCGGCGAUACCUUCACAAGAAAAGAUCAAAGAGGAACCACCCCAAUUCAUGAUUGAUUUAUACAACCGAUACACCCAGGACAAGUCCUCCAGUCCCAUUGCCAACAUUGUGCGCAGCUUCAGACCUGAAGAUAUUUCUUCUCUGUCUUCACUGGAAAUAAAUCAGAAAUAUAUCUUGCUCUUCAACGUUUCCAUCCCAUGGCAUGAAGAAGUAACUAAAGCUGAGCUGAGGAUCCACAUUGCAUGUCAUAAAGAGUGUUUUCCUCCUGUUCAUGGAAACGUAGUAAUCUAUGAUGUGCAUGAAGGAGAUAACUGGGGGGAAGCAGAGGGUGUACAGAACUUCCUUGCCUCCAGAGAAAUCCAGGGAUGUGGCUGGGUGACCUUUGAUGUGUCCAGCACUGUGAAAAAAUGGGUCAAGGCAGAAAAGACCAGGACUGUCAACCGGUUGGAGACCGCCGUGAAGAGCUACGAUUCAAGUGGUUUCAACUGUGAGCAUCUGAACAUCAGCGUGGCUCCUGACUCAAACCAUCUACCUUCCCUGAUAUUGUUUUCUAAUGACCACAGCAAAAGAGUCAAAGCAAACCACGCAGAGCUUCAGGAAAUGGUGGCUCAUGAACAGGAGGAUUUGCUGAAGAGUUUAGCAAAGGACCAUGCUGCCCACAGGCGGAAUUCUUGGUCUGUCCACAGGACCCAUCACUCCCUGUCCAGAAGCAAGCGAAGUAUUGAGCUCAACCAUUGCCGGAAAACAACCCUCCAUGUGAAUUUUAAAGAAAUUGGCUGGAACUGGAUCAUUGCUCCUCCAGAUUAUGAGGCGUUUCAGUGCAAAGGGGGCUGCUUCUAUCCUCUGACUGACAAUGUCACCCCAACCAAGCAUGCGAUCGUCCAGACCCUGGUCCAUUACAAAAACCCCAAGAAAGCUGUCAAGGCCUGUUGUGUUCCCACGAAGCUGGAAGCCAUCUCCAUGCUUUAUAAAGAUGAGGCUGGAACCCCCACCCUGAAAUAUGAAUACGAAGGGAUGAAAGUCGCAGAAUGUGGCUGCCGGUAGUAUGAGAGGAGGGCCUCUUGUUCAUAAUUUAAACAUGAACUUGUGAGUGCAGCCCUUUCUCUUUUGAAUUUCUCAUAGAACGGUACUUGUUGUAAACCAAUGACUAAGAAUGGAAUCACUAAUUUGUAGACUGAAUCUCCCUCACAUAGGUCUUUUUCCCCCUACAAUAUUUCUUUUAUACCCUUACUGUAUAUUUUUAGGAAGGUAUCAUUAAAAAGCCCUCUGUCUGUGCCCAUCAACUGUACUAUAAAUAUUUGUGGGGACUUAUUGACUGC